GAAGGGAGUGAGCAUGUCUUUGGGAUAGAUCAUAAAGGAAUCAUUAUGUGAAGUGGCAUCACAGCAUGAAAUCAACUGUAUUUGGCAUAUAAUAGACAAAUCAGCUUACAGGGAUGUGUUUGUAUAAAUGGAACUGUUUCUGCUUGUGGGUAUUUUUAUCCCAUUCUCUCUAUUUCUAGACAGUGGAAGCUCUGCCAAUAACCGGGCUGGGAAUUCUGCUUGGGGAACAGGACAGGAACCGGCUGAAGCUCUUCCGGAAGGGCCAGAAUGUGAGCCCAGCCGACAUGUACCGGUGGAAGCUCUCCUCCCAUGAACCUUGCAGUUCCACUUGCACCACAGGAGUGAUGUCCACAUAUGCCAUGUGCAUCCGCUACGAUGGCACGGAGGUGGAGGAGCCUUUCUGUGAUGCAGCCACGCGGCCAGAGCCCAUCCAUGAGUUCUGUGCGGGAAGAGAAUGCCAGCCCAGGUGGGAGACCAGCAGCUGGAGCGAGUGUUCCAGGACCUGUGGAGAAGGUCAUCAGUUCCGCAUUGUUCGCUGCUGGAAGAUGCUCUCACCAGGCCUGGACAGCUCUGUUUACAGCAACCUGUGCGAAUCGGCCGACAUCACUCGGCCAGAAGAGCAGAAAGUCUGCAAGAACCCAACCUGCGGGCCACAGUGGGAAAUGUCUGAGUGGUCUGAGUGCACAGCCAAGUGUGGUGAGAGGAGUAUGGUGAGCCGAGACAUCCGCUGUUCUGAAGAAGAGAGGCUGUGUGACACCAGAACCAAGCCAGUGACCGAUAAGAACUGCACAGGGCCACCCUGUGACCGGCAAUGGACAGUCUCUGACUGGGGACCGUGCAGUGGGGGCUGCGGGCCAGGCCGAAUGAUCCGGCAGGUCUACUGCAAGAGCAGCGACGGGCGCGUGGUGCCAGAGUCCCAGUGCAACCCUGAAGCCAAGCCGCUCGCCAUUCACCCCUGCGGGGAGAAGAGCUGCCCUGCUGGCUGGCUGGCCCAGGACUGGGAACGGUGCAACGCCACCUGUGGCCGAGGGGUGAAGAAGCGGACGGUUCUUUGCCUGGAAAUUGUCAGUGGGAAGAUCAAAACCCGCCCACCUACCGCAUGUGACACCACCAAGAAGGAGGCUGAGGAGGCCACCUGCUUUGAGCGCCCCUGCUUCAAGUGGUACACCACCCCUUGGUCUGAGUGCACAAAAACCUGUGGAAUUGGCCUGAGGAUGCGGGACGUCAAGUGUUACCAAGGGGAGGAUCUUGUGCGUGGGUGUGACCCACUCCUGAAACCAGUUGCAAAGCAGACCUGUGACCUCCAUCCCUGCCCAACCGAACCACCAGAUGACAGUUGCCAGGACCAGGUGGGGACCAACUGUGCUCUAGCAAUUAAGGUGAACCUCUGUGGCCACUGGUACUACAGCAAGGCCUGCUGUCGAUCCUGCCGAGUGCCCCGUUCCUAGGGGGCGUAAUGGCGUGGGGGUCCCGUGCCCGAGGAGCAACUGGAGCUCAGCACCAUUAGGUAUCACCUCGUGGUCCUCGCUUCUCAUCUUCCUCCAGCCGCGAUGGGUUGGACCACCAACAUCGCCUGCAGAAUUCUGGAUUUUUCUUUUAAUUCAUUUAGCAAAUUCUUGAUCUACCUAUACAUGACUCCCCUCCUGCCAGUGAUUUUGUCCUCCCCACUGUUCCUCGCACUUGCCUCCUCUGCUUGCCAGUUCAAAUCUUGCCUCCUCUGCUCAGUUCAAAGCUUGCCAGAAUGGCUGAGGGAGGGGCAAAACUCUCGCUUUCCUGUUAAUGAUCACAUCGCUCAUUGCAGGACUGGGCCUAAAUCAGAAUGCCCCCCCCCCCACAGCCUUGGCUCUUUCCUUCUGCCUCUCUCCAUUAAAAGUCUCAUUGUCCCCUCAAGGCAGAGAGAUACCCCAAAUAAAAGGUAUGCUGAACCCUUCUCUCCAGCUGCAGUUAAUAAUUGCCACAGGUAUUACAAUGAAGAAUAUUUGAGGAGGAGACACAUCCAUUUUACACUUUAUUGAAAUAAAUGAAAAUUGGUGGGAAUGAAGUCUGCAUCAGUUUUAAAUACCAAAAUGACAAUAAAAUCAUUAAAGGCAGAAAAACCCUAUCAUUUCAAGCUUAGGCACUGUAUGUUUAUUCUCACUCAGCAGUAAAUAUAAAUUAACAAAGGACAGGUAAUAAAGUCUACUAAAUAUAACAUGUAAGUGCACAUCUGGCAGAAGUGUUUUAUCUCAUAAUCAAACUCUUAAAUACAUAAUGCCAGCAUAUUGUAUAGGAUAAUGAAAACAUAACUGCACUUUAUAACCCAAAAGGGCCCUGGGCUCUUUUUUAAUGUAUUUGUUUACAAAAUAAUAAACUUUAUCCCUUUUACUGUUGAAUGGUACUUGUAAGUGUCUGUUAAAUAAGUUUUCUGAUAUUUAUGGUGACAGCUCAAUCCUUGUUAAGUUUUUUCCAUUUGUUUUGGCAAAUGGGAACUAUUCUCUGACUUUAUUUGACAGCACAGUAUCAGCAGUAGAGUCCUUCAAGUUUUUGGGUUCUAUAAUCUCCCAGGACUUGAAAUGGACACCUAAAAUUAGAACCAUCAUUAAAAAGGCACAACAAAGAAUGUUCUUCCUGCAUCAGCUCAGAUACACAUUUACAGAGGAAUUAUCACUUGUACUUCUAUAAGUGUCUGGUUUGGUACAGCAACCAAACAGGACAGGCACAGACUCCAAUGGAUAGUUAGGACUGCAGAAAAAAACAAUUGCAACCAGCUUGCCUCCCAUAGAAGACUUGUAUAUGUCAGAAGAAGGGCUGAGAAAAUAUUUACAGAUUCCUCACAUACUGGACAGAAACUGGUUUAACUCCUCCUCUUGGGAUGGUGCUAUAGGGCAUUGCAUGCCAAAACAACUAGACACAGUUUUUUUCUUUCAUGACAUUAUUCUGCUGAACAUCUAAUUCUCAGUACUGUCUAAUGUCCAUGUAGAAGUAUUACUAUUCUUAUUAUUGAAGGAGAACUCAUCAAAUUUCCAGAUGACCCCAAGCUGUCAGGAGUAGCCAAACACCCCAGAGGACAAACUCAGCAUGCAAAAAGAUGGGCAUUUCUCCACAUUGAAAUGAAUUUCAAUGUGGAGAAAAGCAAAGUCUUACACUUAGGCAGGAAAAAUCAAAGGCACGAAUACAGAUUGGGCGAGACC